UAAAUUAAUGUAUAGACUUUAGAGAAAUCGAGGAUUUAGAAAUGAUUUCUAAUAAAAAAAGGGAAUAAUUUUAAUUUUUUUCAGUGAGUCAAUCAAAAACAGCACUUUUUAUACAAAUCAUCUACAUAAAACAAAAUUUAAAUAUAGUUAGAAAGCUGAAGUCAUUAACUCUUAAAUCUUUCUCCUGAAUUCUGGAGAGACCAGAAAGACCCAUAAAUAAGUCCCCCGUUUAUUUAUUUUAAUUUUUUUAUUGAACACAACAUACUUCCAUAAAUUCAUGAAAAAUGAAAUUAACUAAUGUUUACUGAAAGUAACUUGAAGAAAGCACCUCAUUGGGUGUGUGCUAACAGUGAAGGGACCAUGGCCCCCUUUGACCCCGUCCAGGGACACCCCUGAACAAAUGGUAUGAUCCAAACAUAAACUUAUACUAAAGCUAAAAACAUUAACAGAACUUUAUGUUACUUAAAAAAUAAUAACUAAAGACAAUCUUAUAAAAGUAUUGAACCUCUCAGAGGUGAAAAGUUGUUCCUCGGUUUAGUCACGUGCGUGCUUUCCUUGUGACCGCGCGCUGUUUAGUGAGCGCGCGCGCAGCUGCCCGGUCGCUCGCGGCGCUUGACAGAUGGAGCUGGCUUGAGCGGGACUGAGUUCAGUCAAAGAUUUGAAGAAACUGGAAGAAAAUAGCGAUGAUAGCCGAACAGACGGAGAAUGGAGACCCGUCUACGCAGUCGCAGAGCAAAAUGCUGAUCAACCAGCUGCAGGAGAUCACUGGGAUCCAGGACCAGCAGGUUCUCUAUAAAGCUCUGAAGGCCAGUCAUGGAGAUGUUGGACAUGCAGUUGGUCUGCUAACCUCUCAGAGUGUGGAGGUUCAGGAUCCUGGAGAGCCGCAAGAACCCACAACAUCUGGACUUCCUAAAGAUGAGUUGCAGGCCGCCAUAGAGCUGAGUCUUCAGGAGUCCCACAAGGCCCAGGAAGAAGAGCGAGAAUUACACAGGGCUUUGGAGGCCAGCACAGAAGAAAAUGCUGCCAGAAUGAAGAGGAAGAGAUGUGAAGCCCAGAGUGAGAUGUGCAGUCCUGCAGACUGGAUCCGGCAGGACGACUGGCCGGUGGGGAUCCGCAAUGUGGGGAACACCUGCUGGUUCAGCGCUGUCAUCCAGUCACUUUUCCACCUGCCUGUUUUCAAAAGACUUGUUCUCAACUACCAUCUAUCAGAGCGAAUCCUGGAGAAGUGUAAGAGCCACGCGGACAAAAGAAACAUCGCAUUCAUGCAGGAGCUGCGCUGCCUGUUCGCCCUCAUGGUGGGCUCGACCCGAAGGUUUGUGGAUCCUUCUGCCGCCGUGGAGCUGCUGCGAGAUGCUUUCAGGACGAGUGAAGCCCAGCAGGAUGUCAGUGAAUUUACCCACAAACUGCUAGACUGGUUAGAAGAUGCGUUUCAACUGGCUGCAAAUGGAACAAGCGCAGAAGACAAGCAGCAUAACCCCAUGGUUCAGCUUUUCUACGGCACUUUUGUCACAGAGCGGAAAUGUGACGGUAAAACAUUAUAUAAUAUCGAGCAGUUCGGUCAGUACCCUCUGCAGGUGAACGGCUUCAACAACCUGGACGAGUGUCUGGAGGGCGCCAUGGUUGAGAAGGAAAUUGAACCUUUGCAUUCGGAUCACAGCGUCACGUCUGGGCGAGAGAGAUGGUUCAAAAAACUUCCACCAGUUUUGACUUUUGAGCUUUCCAGAUUUGAAUUCAAUACUCAGCUCGGUCGUCCUGAGAAGAUACACAAGAAGUUAGAGUUUCCACAAAUCAUUUACAUGGACAGAUAUCUUCAUAAGAAUCUUGAACGGACGAAUGAAAGGAGAGGAGAAGUGAAAAGACACAAGGAACAACUUGCUGUUCUUCAACAGAAACUGGAGUGCUAUAAAAACUUUGGCUCAGGACCCGUCAAAUAUCCUCUAGCGGACAUGCUUCAGUUUGUUCUUGAGUUUGCUACUACAAAACCCUCAAGUGUCUCUCCAGCCACUGAGGAGACGAGACCAUCUACAGCCUCGCCAACUCCUCCUGCUAGCUUCCCCCACAGUGAAGCCAGAGACAGCAGUGAACCCGGGGAGGCAGAUUUACUGGAUGGUUUGGCUUGUGGUGUUUCCACCUGCCAACGAACACCCAUCUACAAACCUUUCACCCAGUGUAGACCCCUCAUUGACUGCCCGCCACACCCAGCACCUCACAGCAUCACCGAGGAAGAGCUGCACUUUGUGAAAACCUGCCUGCAGCGAUGGAGGACGGAAGUGGAGAACGACAUAAAUGAGCUAAAGGCCACCAUUGAGAAGGUCUCUCAGACCCUGGAGGGCAUUUACUCAGACAACAGUCUCUGUCAGGUACCGUACAGACUCCACGCAGUGCUUGUCCAUGAAGGCCAGGCUUCAGCAGGCCAUUACUGGGCUUACAUCUACGACCACGCCAACCAGCGCUGGAUGAAGUACAACGACGUCAGCAUCACCGAGUCGACGUGGGAGGAGCUUGAAAGAGACUCUUUUGGAGGCAUGACCAAUGCCAGCGCCUACUGCCUGAUGUACAUCGAUGACAGGCUGCCCCACCUCAUCACAGAAGACACAGACGACGAGACGGGCCAGGUCCUCCACGGUAUGGAUUCCCUCCCGUCCGUCCUCAGGCGCUACGUCCAAGAGGACAACCGCUGGUUCCAGCAGGAGCUCAGCGAGUGGGAGGAGCAGUACUGCCAAACCGCCACCCCGCAGGAAGAGUCUGCAGGCUCUGUAGAUCCUGCAAGCUGCAGUUUGGAAAAAGUGAUUCCUGUUGAACCAGCACCUCAGUUAGGGGCUUCUUCUGAAAACUUGGAGGAGCCAGAAGCUGCUUCUAAACCUCAGCCAAACCCAGACGCCCCGAAGGAGCCAGGAGAUCCUGGAGAGAAGCCUGAAGAAGAAGAAUCGGCGAUAACACCGGCAUGUGAGAGUCCAGGCUGCCAGGCAGCAGAGGACACCAGCGCCACCGCAGUCACCGACACCCCGGAGCCAAGCAGGAGGCUGAACUCAGACCAGGAAAAACUGCACCGUCAGACUCCUAACCCUGACGCAGAGCUCGGUGAUCAGCCGCCAUCAGACCAAGCUGUCCUAAAGGAUGACACGGAGGUGACGGCCCGUUCUCCUGAGGGUCACGAUGAAUCCAGAGAGAUCACAGAUCAGGGAGGAGUGCAAGGAGGUGAGGAGGAGGACGAGGAGCCACAGGAGGACCCGGUCAGGCAGCGCCAGCCGGAGAAUGAGGUCUCAGAGGUGGAGAUCCCUAAUGUGGGUCGAAUCAUGGUGAGGGCCGACGCUGACGGAUACAAUGAAGAGAUGAUGCUGACUCCAGCCAUGCAGGGCGUCAUUUUAGCCAUCGCCAAAGCCAGACAAAUCUUUGACAAAGAAGGUCCAGAGGCCGGACUCAUCAAGGCCUUUCAUGAAGAGUAUUCCCGCCUGUUUGAGCUGUCCCAGGAAAAGACGACCCCGCAGGACGACGCUCGUCUGCAGCACGCCCUGGUCUACUUCUUCCAGAACAAAGCGCCCAAACGCAUCAUCGAGAGGACGCUGCUUGAACAGUUUACCGACCGAAACCUCAGCUUUGACGAGAGAGCCAUCAGCAUCAUGAGAGAAGCUCGAUCCAAACUUCGUCUCAUUAAGCCCGAGGAUAUGGACAUGGAUGAAUAUCUGGAGUGGCAUGACGACUACAGGCUGUUCCGGACGGUGUUUGUCCAUCUGCUGACCGGCCUGGAACACUACCAGCAUGGAAAGAUGCAAGAAGCUUUAAACUAUUUGUCUCACGCGUACGAAACCAACAACACCCUGAUAAUCAAAGGGGAGAAGCGCGGCAUGGAAAGAUCUCUUAUCGCAGUUUACAGGAGGAAGUGUUUAAUGGCUCUGAACGAGAGCGCGUCGCGGCUGUUUCGCAGCCGCGAGGAGGGCAAAGUGGAGGAAGGUGUGGGUAUCAUGGAGGAAUCCGUUAUUCCGUGUCUUCACCUGAUGAGCCGGGACACAACCGUGUCCCAAGAGGAUCGGGAUGCUAUGGAGAGCAUCCGCAGUCACUGGUGCUGCUGCCUGGGCCAGGACAUGGACGCCUCACUGCAGGUCAAAUUGGGGGAAUUGCUUCCCAGAGUUCUGGAUGGUUCUGCUGAAACAGUGGUUCUUAAAGAUCCACCUAAAGUCCACGUCAACCAGGCCCACGACCUGUGCAGCCGCCUCGCCGCGGUUAUGGAGUCCAUUCUCAACGCCACGAUAGUAACUGUGAAGUAACUGGUCGUCUUCGAUCACCGGAUCCUUCAGCUUUGAUAAGAACUUAUUAAAGCUGGUUUAGUAUUGCACAUUUCUAUAAAUAUGAUGUGUUAACACGACAAGCUCCUGGCUGUCAGCGCAGAGACACAUGCUCAUUCCAACAGCGUUAACGCGGCGAGAUGUCGUCCUGAACUCAAGAGACGGAGAAAAAAAAUUCUUUUGUUUGCAUUUCUGUUCAAUCUUUCAGCUUGUUCACCUUUUGUAACAAAAGUAACCUUGUCUAUGACAAAGUAUAUUAUUAAAGUGUUGGGACAAUAAACGACUAAAUAUCGGCACACAAACAAAACAAGGACACUUUACCUAUAAGCGCUUCAAGAACACGUCGCUUUUACUUGAUAGUGAGUAACACUGAUUUGUUUUUUAAAUAUGUCUUUGUAAAAACUGAUUUUAAAGUAGAAUGAAAUAAAAACAAGGUCUGUACAGCUUUUAGACAGAGCUGCUGCUCGUGUUUCAGUAGAUGUGUGCACUUGUUGUCUGAUGACAACCCUGCAGGAUAACGUGUUCUUUUAUUCUUGAGAGAAACAACAAAUAACGUUGAACGUGUCCCAGAGACAUCACAUUAUAAUCAUUUCUUUAAGGGGGUUUUGCAGAAUAAAACUACUGCAACUACAUUCUGUUGCUGCUGAUUUGAUGUUUUUCAUUGUAUUCUGUCGUAAUAGAAAAUAAAUGUUUCAAAUUAUUUCUGUUUCAUUUA